CAGCAGCAGCAACUUCUGUUUCUCUUCCAGCAGUUCGAAUCGAAUCGUCGAGUGGCGAGUGUGUUGCUUUCACGUCUCGAGACAUUUUUCCACACGCGAAGUGCAGUUAUGUGAUUGGGUGAUGGGGUGCUUGCUGACAGUGGGGGUGCUCUCAACCCUUUGCUUUCUCAAGUGUAUUGCAGGUCAGGAGUACGUCAUCACCGGCCCUGCUGACACCCAAUUCAUCCCUAAUUAUCGACAAAAUCCCGAUUUUAAUCCCUUCAGGCCCAAUUUCCAGCAAAUUGACUCCUACCUUCCUAGGGAUCUCCAAACUUCGGAUCUCCCUUACCACUUGCAACAAACCCUCCCCCAGUAUCGUGUGACCACGAAGACGCCCCCCAGGUACUCCUACCAACCCCAAUUCGACUAUCGGAGCUCACAACCGGCACCAUUCCGCCCCCAGGACCAGAUAGUACCAUCAACACACCGACCCAACUACUCCCAUUUAUUCCCACACUCACAUAAUAGGAACCCCCAAACUGAGACUUUCCUGGGGGAAAUCACCCUCCAAAGCCCAGCUGACGUUCCUCCCAAAUACGAGGAUUUUAAUCCCAAAACCCAGACUGAUAAAACCAACGUUGUGACAAUAGGCGGAAGAGGGAAUUUUCUGAAUCAUAGGACUAGGAUUUUUGCCCCUGAAACCACCCAGAAGUUGCCCCAAGUCCGGGAGUACUAUGUUAACAAAAAUGGGAAUGUUUUUAGUACCACUCGAGCACCCAUAAUCCCAAAAAGCACAACUGAACGUACCAGGAGGAAGAAUUUUUAUCCCACUAGUGGUACCACCACUAUUACUAGUACCACAACCAAAAAGCAGAACGGUUUAAACUUUGAAUCACUUCUAGAGGAACCAAUCAAAGGUUCCAAUGCCAAUGAUGAUGUUGUCGAAGUUGUCAAGUCGAAGAAGGAAGAAUUGACAACUCAAAGUCAAGAUGAGAGUACCACCGAUUUUGACUAUGAUACCACUCUUGAUCCCUCAGUCGACUAUGAUAAGGAAAAAGAAGGAGAAGAAGAAGAAAAAGAAGAAGAAAAAGAAGAAGAAGAAGACCCGAUUAAACAUUUGGAAGAAUUACGAAAGGAACAUCCACGGGAAGAAGAAGAAGAAGAUUACUCAACUGAAGAACAAGAAGAUGAUUCAAAAACCCCCAAUUCUGAAGAAAGUAACAAUAUUCGUGAUGAGGAUUAUGAAGAAAGUGGGGAAAACAAGACAGAAGAAGACACAACCUUGGCUGGUACCACUGAAGAAGUACCAACUACUGGAACCAAAACCGAGGCCCUUUUGGCCGAACCUGAGACGGUAAUUUCAGUCGUCACGACCAAAAGUGUGGUCAAUAACACCAUCCUCCCCACUGCAACUCCCUUACCCAACUCUACUAUAACUUCCGAGAAUAGUACCGACACUUGGGUCGUAGUAGCCUCAGUCCAGACAAGUCGAAGUGUGUCUGGUGCCCGGUACCUACCCUCCGAUGACGUCAAACAGGACGAAAGAAUCAAACUUUUGAAUGAGGAAGGUACCGAGGAACCAACUACGGUAGUACCAACCACCAAACCUAAAACUUCCACUGAGAGUUUGAUCGAUAAGUUGGAUCGGGUCCAAUCGGACCUCUCGAGUAGUGUUUUCAACGGCGGUUUGAACAACAUUGCGGUUAUAACCGAAAUGGUGACUACUAUACCUGAACCAACUCCCCCACCCAAACCGGUGGUACAAAUUCGGAAGUUUUCGCCUUUGGCACGACCUUCGACAACACCAAGGUCAAAGAAAAUCGAAAUUGUCAAACAAGAUGACUUGACUGGGUUACUACCACCAGGGUUCAAGCCCAAGUACCAAAACCGGAAGACUAGUACUACCGCCAAACCGGAUUUGGACUUACCACAAGGGGAUGAACCACCGAAAAUUGGACGCUCGUCGGGGAUUUCCAACAAGACGAAAAUUACGGUGGGGGAUGUAAGUGCGUUCUUACCACCCGGGUACAAUAGUACCGAAAAGGACGAUAGUUCAAAAAUUUUGGCUAAAGUACCCAAAAUUACAAAAGUUGAUGAUGUUUCGGCGUUUUUGCCACCUGGGUACAAAAAUUUCAAAACUAGUACCACUACUACCAAAUCCAUUGAUGGUAUUCUAUCCAAGGCUAAGCCUAUUGAUGAUAUCAGUGCUUUGUUACCACCUGGGUACAAAUCUAGUACUACUAAACCUAAACCUAGCAUUGAAGGGUUACUAGCCCAGGCGAAGCCUCUUGAUGAUAUCAGUGCUUUGUUACCACCGGGUUAUAAACCUAAACCUAGCCCUAAACCUAAAGGAGUUGAAGGGUUGAUAGCCCAGGCUAAACCAGUCGAUAUUAGUGCCUUUUUACCCCCAGGUUACAAGGCUAGAACGACCCAAAAACCCUUAACAACUCCCGAAAAAGUACCAUCAAGUCUUCUACCACCAGGGUACAAGUUGCGCGAAACUACAACUAGUACCACUCCUAGUACUACCACUACUAGCACUAGUAAACCUAGUGGUUUUAAGGUGGUAUUCCCGAGCCGGCCUGGUGGUACCCACCGCAAAUCCCCUAAUAGACUUACCACUCCGUCGAGUACCAGUACAGAGGAACCACGUGCUACUGCACCUACAAUUCAUAAAGGAUGGCCUUCUAGGGCAACUACCGAAUUCACCGGUUGGCCAACCCCUUCAACCACUCCCAUCUCCAUUGAGAAGCUUCUCGAAGCGGCACGAACCGCUUCCACGAGUACCACUCCGGUGGUUGAUAGUACCACAAGUACCACAACAAGUACCACCACAACCACAACCACCACAACACCCAAACCGACCACUCCGGGGGUGUGCAUCGGCGAGUGUGACUUGGCCGGUACCAUCAAACUCGUCGGUGGUGCCAAAUGGGUACCAGAGCUACUAGAUCGAAAUACCAAAGAGUGGCAAAUUUUGGCAAACGAAGUCCAGACACAGCUUGAGGAUGUUUUCGGCCGCUCAAAUGUUUUGAACAAAUGGUACCGCAAAAUUCGGAUUGAUGGUUUUAGUGAAGGGUCGGUUUUGGUCGACUAUUUGGUCGAAUUGAAUGAUUUGGGACGAAAAAUUGACACCCAGGAAAUAAAAAAAUUGUUCCAUGACUCACUAGAUGACAGUUCAUCAAACCGUGAAGGCAAAUCUUUGAACGAAACGAUGAAAAUGACUUUAGGGAAAUUUACAGUUGACCCAAAAUUCACAGAUUUUGUCGUUUUACCCAAACAAGCCUACCCAACGGUGGGCUAUGCCGAAGAUAAUGUCCUAUUGCCCCAAUGGGCUAUCGCCGUGAUUGUCAUAGGACUAGCGUCGCUUCUUUUCGUCAUAAUUUUCGGGGUUACUGUGUUGGUCAAUCGACAGAAAAAUGCUAAAAAGAAGGCUCCAGUGUCGCUGACUGAGGAUAUGUUGAAUGAACUGAACAAGAACCAUAUGGGUGGGCUUGAUAAUUAUGGGGCUGAAGAUUUGUACAAUAUGGAGGAUGUGUGGAAUGACAAGGGGUACGAGCCCAAGCUCGCCAAGAAGCGUUCCUCCGGCUCUCUCCAUGACAACAGCAUGUCAAACCUUUAUGACAGUUGGCGUUCGGAAUGGAACGGCUACUAUUACAACGCCUACUACGGCAACAACAACCCCGGAAGUAGCCAUUACGGCCGUCGCCGCUCCGAUUACGACACGAAUUUCUGAAAAAUUCGCCCAACUGCCCCCCAAAUCCGUAUCUGUACCAUGAUUUUCACACAGGGUUUUCCCCCAAUUGGUUUUGCUCAAAUCCCGUCCCCGAAUGUACAGAUAUCGAUUUUGAUUGCCAAAAUGCUAGUGAAAAUCGAGCGGCUGUAGUAGUUUUUCCAGGUUUUUCUAGUCAACAGCCUACUAGACACUGUCAAACGGCUGUGAAAGCAUCGAUCAAGACUUUUAAACAUCGACGUUUAGGCUUCGCGCUGGUUUUUGUCGUUUUUACAAAUUCAGUGUUGAUGGAGCAGUUUUUUGGAAUUUUUUCAAACGUGCGAAUGUGUAGUUCAUCCGGUUUUCAACCUGUAUAUAAGUGUAAAUAUAUCGUAAGAUUAUAUCUAUUUUCCCAUUACUUAGGCUAGACUCAUUCAAUAUUUAAAUUAUUGUAAAUGUAGCUGUUAAGGUGUUAAAUAAAUCAUUAUAAGUAAAAAAA